CCCGAACGAGGCUCUUUCCCGCUCGACCACGAUGCCGAAUGCCAACACAUUAUGAAAUCAUACCUGCGCUGCCUGCGCGCCUACCGAGGUAUGAACGACGACGAGUGCAGAAUGUUGAGCAAGAGUUAUUUGCAAUGUCGCAUGGACAACAACCUCAUGGCGCCAGAUGAGAUGAAGAAUCUGGGAUACGAUAAUACACCGCAGGCGCUGGCUGCUGCCGCUGCU